AAUGCAAGUUGAAUAUAAAAACAAAAUGAAGCUGGUUCAAUUUCUGCUUUCUAAACUUAAUUCUGUGGCAUCAUUAUGGGAAGGGUGUAGCCAUCACUGAGCUCUGCAACUGAUGGAGAUAUAUGUACUUUGGGCUGUUGGUUUAUGCUUUUUGCUGGUUGGUGAUGGAGUUGAAGUUGAAGCCUCCCAUCAACCUUACAGAAAUCUUCAAUCACUUCCAAGAGAGCAGCCUUACAGGACUGCCUACCACUUUCAACCUCCUAAAAACUGGAUGAAUGGACCAAUGUGUUAUAGGGGUGUCUACCAUCUAUUUUACCAAUACAAUCCAUAUGCUGCUGUGUGGGGUAACAUCUCAUGGGGUCAUUCAAUAUCAUAUGAUCUUGUUAAUUGGGUUCAUCUUGAACCUGCCAUUAAUCCAUCAGAGCCUUUUGAAAUUAAUGGUUGCUGGUCUGGUUCAACUACAUUCCUUUCUGGGGAAAAACCUGCCAUUUUGUACACUGGAGCUGACCUCAAAAAACGCCAAGUUCAAAACAUAGCAGUGCCCAAGAAUGCUUCUGACCCUCUCUUAAUAGAAUGGGUGAAAUCUCCUCAUAAUCCUCUACUGACUCCAAUUGAUGACAUUGAUCCAGACAAUUUUAGAGACCCAACAACUGCUUGGCAAGGGCCAGACAAAGUAUGGCGGGUAAUCGUUGGCAGCAAGAUCAAAGGUCGUGGAAUGGCAAUUCUAUAUCGAAGCAAAGAUUUUGUUAAUUGGACUAGGAGUAACAAACCACUCCACUCAUCAACAAAAACUGGCAUGUGGGAGUGUCCAGAUUUUUACCCUGUCCGUAUCAACAGCAAAAAUGGAGUUGAAACCUCUGCUCAAGAUAUAUUUACCAAGCAUGUGCUGAAGGCAAGUUUUAAAGAUUGUGACCACUACAUAUUGGGAAAUUACACUCUCAAAACAGAUAGUUUUUUCGUUGACACUGAUUUUAUGGAUACUGGAUUUGACUUGAGAUAUGACUACGGAAAAUUCUAUGCUUCCAAAACGUUUUAUGACAGUGCUAAGAAGAGGCGUAUACUGUGGGGCUGGGUGACUGAAUCUGAUAAUGAAUCAGAUGACAUAAGGAAAGGAUGGUCUGGGAUUCAGUCAAUUCCUAGAAGCAUUGUGCUUAGUAGAACUGGUCAACAAUUAGUGCAGUGGCCAAUCAAGGAAAUAGAGAAACUACGCACCAAUAAAGUGAGUUUUGAUAGUAAGGAGCUCAAGGGUGGUUCAAUUUUUGAAGUUUCAGGGAUUACAGCUUCACAGGUAACUAAUUUUAUCCUAAUCAGUGACUCUGCAUAUUAUGAUUCCAGUUCAUUUGUAUACAAAUUCUGGUUUUUUUCUUUUUCUUUUUUUUCUCCCAUUAAGGCCGAUGUAGAAGUUUCAUUUGAUCUGCCCAAUCUGAAUGAAGCUGAGUCUAUAGACCCAAGUUGGGUUGAUCCUCAACUGCUCUGUAGUCAAAAGGAAGCAUCUGUUAAAGGCACACUUGGGCCAUUUGGUUUGCUGGUUUUGGCAUCAAAUGACUUAUCAGAACAAACUGCAGUCUUCUUUCGCAUAUUUAAAAGAAAUGACAAUUAUGCUGUGCUCAUGUGUAGUGACCAAAGCAGGUCUUCUUUGAGGGACGGGCUUGACAAAACAACCUAUGGAGCAUUUGUUAGCAUGGAUCCUAGUGAUAGGAAAAUAUCAUUAAGAAGCUUGAUAGACCAUUCAGUUGUUGAGAGUUUUGAUGGGGAAGGGAGGACUUGCAUCACUGCUAGAGUAUAUCCAAAAUUGGCUAUUGAUAAAGAAGCCUACCUAUAUGUAUUCAACAAUGGAACUCUUAGUGUUAGAGUUUCAAAGCUUAGUGCUUGGAGCAUGAAGAGAGCUCAAAUUUUUCCUAUCAAAAAGAGACGAAAGCCACAAAUCAAUUAGAACCAAACAUCUUGAAGAUUGAGGGUAUUAAAAGUAAAACAACUGGAACAUAAUAAACAGCUCAAUACUGAGUCCUCUCUCUCUCUCUCUCUCUCUCUCUCUCUCUCCCCUAUGCUAUCAUUAGCCUGUCAAGCUACCCCACAUGGUUCAGUUCCUUAUUUGUUUUUGGCCUUUUCCGAACCCAUUGGCAUCAGAGUGUUGCACCUCUAGUUAAUACAAGUUCUACACCAAUGACAAGUCGAAUAUCCAAAUCUCUUUUCUAGAUAAGAGACAAGUUCUACACCAUGACAGGUUGAACAACUAAAUCAAUUUUCUAGAUAAGAAGAGAAGUUCUACUUUUACACCAAUGGCAGGUAGAACAAACAACAAAUCUCUUUUAUACUUAAGAAGAGAAAUUCAUUAGCUUACAAAGUUAUUGAUUGGAAACAUGAGGGUCCGUAUUGGCCUCAUUUCCAAAGCCUUAAGAAAUUUGUGGGGUCUUAAGUUCGAAACUCUAUCAGCAUGGUUAUUCCUCCCUGUAAUUACCUAGUAUAUGUAGAUGGAUGGACUACUUCAGGAAAAUAGUCAAAUGCACGAACAGCCAUUGAGUACGAGACUUCAAUAAAAAAGUAAUUGAUUGGAAAAACUUUCAAGCUAUGAAUUUUUUUUGUUUGAAGACCCAAGCCCAUUCUUGGGCCAUUGUAUUUCCCUUAUAAUGCAUCUCUUUUUUGUAUUGUACUUGUACUGCUAGGUUAAAUGGACUCUAUGUAUGGGUCCUCUCUAUAACAUGUUUAGUGUAAUUCAAUAAUAUAUUCCAUCAUAUAUUUAUAGUUUCGUCACA